UUUGACAGCUCAUCGUUUAUUGACAACGGUUCGGUUGUUCCUCGCUGUGUUUCCUUAAUACGUGGAUGCUUUUAUUUUUAAUAUCCUUUCACCUGUGCAAUCAUCGACGUAUUUCGAUAAAUUGGAAAAGGGAAAAUGAAUGAAGCGGACAUACCAAUUGAUAUUCACGUUGGAAAGCUUCAGGAUUGGCUUGUUUCGCGACGUAUUGUCGGUAAAAACUGGCAUCAUAAUGUACGCGAGGUACGAAGUAAAAUAAGCAACGCACUUACGGAUAUGCCAGCCCACGAAGAACUUGUGCAACUGCUUAAAGGAGCGCACAUAAACUACUUUCAUUGCCUGCAAAUCAUCGACAUUCUGAAAACCACGGAAGCUGAUUCCAAGAAUGUAUUUGGCCGUUACGGUAGCCAGCGCAUGAAGGACUGGCAAGAAGUUAUCAAACUGUACGAACGGGAUAGUUUGUACUUGGCAGAAGCAGCACAAAUAUUAGUCAGAAACAUUAACUUCGAAAUUCCUAGUAUUCGGAAACAGAUAAAAACUUUCGAGCAACUAGCUGAUGAAUCGGAGAAAAAGGCUGGAGACUUGCGACGAUCGCAAAACACGGUCCGUAAUGAGUAUCAGGCGCUCUGUCGGCAGCUAGGCAUUGCCGGGGAGAACCUGCGAGACGAAUUGGUGACGAAAGUUGGCGAGCUUCCGGAAAUGUUGAACAACAUUGCCACUUCGAUUAGCACUUUACAGAAGGCGAUUGAAUUGUAUGGUGCUUUUUCAAACAAUACGGAGUGUUUGCCCGUUUUGCGACAUGUUGCAAAAACUGGAAACUCAACGGUAUACGAGUUUCUCUACUCGGAGCCACCGCUGUCUAUCGAGGUGCCUCCGAUGAAAUUUGCGGUUGAAAAAUCUGUGCCCAUCGCGACUGUGCAAGAGAUUGAUUUUGGUAAUGAUGGGGGAACGAUUGAUUUUGGUGACAUUGGCGGUAAUGGUAUCGACUUUAAUGUUGAUGCUGCUGAUGUUAAUCUGGAAGCUGGAGAAAUUGAUUGGGGUGUUUCUGAUGAUGUGGUGGAUCCUAAUGCGGGGGUGAUAGAUUUCAACAUAUCGCUGGAAGAGAGCGGUAUUGUGGUUGAGGAAGGUGGCAAUGCCGGUGGGGUGGCGAGAGGAGAGGAAGCGUACAGUAUAUGUGAUUCUCCGACAUAUCGAGAGCGGUUAAUCAACGAGAUGUUGGAGUUGGAAGCCUUUUUGAAGAUGCGGCUGUAUGAAGUCAGCGUUGGAGACGCCGUGCAUAUUUUAUCGCUAACGAUGAUGGACAGUUUCCCGGAUCAUGAUCCCAAGAGCUUAUCGCAGAUGCUCGCUCAGGUCGACGUGAUUUACGAAAAAAUCAACAGCCCGCAAAUUCAACAUUUGCAUCAGAUUAAACAUUCCCCGAAAUAUGUUGACAUACUUACGUCAAAAUUAAAGCAAAAAUUGCUGGCCAUUGAUAAAAUGAAAGAUACGGAGAACCUAAUGUUAGAACGCGCGGUAACAUUUCGAGAGCAGAGUGCCGGCCUCCAACCUACGGUAACGAAUAUCACCGAUCAGACCCGUAUCCUUCAGAGCCAAAUAGAACGGGAUAUUUCUAAACGCUACAAAAAUCGGGUCGUGAAUUUGAUGGGAGCUAAUUUGUAAAAACGUGAGAGUUGUGUUUCUUUUUUAAGCAGGUGUAAGUGAAUAAACAGUUAUACCUAAUUAUUGAAAUACAAACUUUUUGUUUAUUGUUAUAAAUUUUGAAGAUUAGAAAUGAACUGGUUGACUGUUUUGUUUACACUGUUCUGGUAUUACACGAGUUAAGUCGAUAAAAAUCAGUGGUAAAUAAAAUAUCUCUCUAAACAAGGCAGAAUAAUAAGGCUUAUUCAAAAAAAUUCAACAAUGAUAACUUAUCAAAAAAAUAAAAACUUUCUAAUGUUAUGUCAACUUUACGUUCAGUUAA